AUGUUUUAUACAACAACAAUCUCAGAAUACAUGUUCCCAGAAAUUGUUUCGAUAAAUUUAUUAUUUGUUACUGCUCUUACAACAACCAGCAUUAUUGCAAUGCGAUCAUUUUUAACUAUUUUGAUCGUUGUUGAAAGGUUUUGGGUUGGAUUAUUAGAGGAAAACUACAAAAAAUAUCGUUCGAAAAUCAAAAUAAUUUUCGUUCUCAUGUUUAUAGUAUUUGCUGGUUCACUUGAUGAUAUCAUGUUAUUUUUUGUGUUCAAAAUGAGUUUUCCAAUCAGUCCAGAAUGUCGAUCAUUUCUUUGUACAACUCCAAAAGCUUAUCAUUAUUUUUUCUCAAUUCAUACAAUAUUUUAUGGUUUAGCAAGUUGUAUUGCUGCUAUUAUAUUGAUCAUCCGAUUUAUUAUUUUUUGGUUCAAAGGAAACACUUUCUACAUAGUCAAUGUCAGAUUUGAUUCGGAAAGUUAA